AUGUCAACCGAUAGCUCGAAUAGCGAUAGCGACGGGGACCAAAGGCAAAAUGAUGAAGAUCGGCCAAACUCGGCACAUUCUUCAAAAAGUUCUACUCCAUCGGAAAGGUCACCACAAAGUCGUAAACAAGUGCCGAUUAGCAGCGAUGAAGAAUCAGUUCCUUCUCACCGUUCACCUUCAAACUCUCCAGACAAUGAUCAUAUUUCUCCAACCAAAAAACGUGUAAUUGAAACAUCGGACGAAGAGGACGAUGUUGAGCCUAAACAAUCGCAAGAUUCACAAUUGUUCGGAGAUGAUAUGUCUUCAUCAAAUUCUGAGGCUGAUAACAACGAUCUGGAAGAGGGAAGGGAACAAGACCACGAAGGCACACCACCAGAUGGUGAAGAAGAGGAUAAAACUCCAGCAGUCAUCCAGGCCGUUUCUUCUAAAACGGACAUAGAUCUGGGAGAGAAGGCAAAGGCUUUCGACCCUGAAGAUUUCUCCGACAGCGAAGAGGAGUUAGCAGACGAAGAAGGACGACAAAGGCUCAAACUCAAGCUAGAAAAUACAAUUCGUUGGAGGAAAGUGGCCAAAGAAGAUGGUACGGAACAGUAUGAAAGCAACUCAAAGAUUGUCAAAUGGUCGGACGGAACCAUGUCACUUUAUCUUGGUGGUGAGAUUUUCGACAUUGAAAUGCGCCCGAUGCUUGACCACAAUCAUCUUUAUCUUCGUCAAGGUGCUGGAUUGAUUGGACAAGGAGUAUUUGAUGAGCGAUGUACUUUCAGACCUCAUUCAACAGAUUCGAAGACUCACAGAAAGGUUACUAUGUCGAUGGCAGAACGCACGCGGAAGGGUGCUCAGAUCAAGAUGAUUGCUGAUUCUGGAUUGAACCCAGAAAAGAUCCGACAGGAAACCGUCCGCAAGGAAGAAGAACGGCACGAGGUCGUCGUGAGCGCGACUUUCGAACUUAUCAUGGGGAAGAGGAUGAUUAUGAUCCUGAAUCGCUUUCUUCUAUUAAACGACGAUAUCAAGACGCCCCAACUAUUGGACCUAGAGAGUGAGAGUGAAACCGAAUCUAAUCGCGGAGACAACCAAAAUAAUUCUUCGGAUUCAGAUGCGGAAUUCCGACGCAACAAAGCUCAACGGAAGAAAAUGAUUGUCGAUGACGACAGCGAU